AGGGGUGGAAACACACUCCUGCCUGCCUCUUUCCUUGCCUCUGUGUAUGCUGCGUAGUCAUCAACACAUGCAGGAAAGAUGCUCACGUUUUGGGCUUUGUUUUUUAGCACCGUUUGCCUGUGCAGUUUGCCUCAACCGGGACACAUGAAGAAGGCUGCCCGGUGUCCUUCAACAUGCAGCUGCUCCAAGGAGUCCAUCAUAUGUGUCGGGUCCUCCUAUGUGCCCAGGAUAAGCCCCAAUGACAUCAUUUCUUUGAGCAUCGUCAAUGGGACCUUCCUCGAGGUCAAAGAGGCCAUGUUUUCUCACAUGCCAUCGCUCCAAUUGCUGCUCCUGAAUUCCAAUUCCCUGACCACCAUAAGAGAUGACGCAUUCUCGGGCCUUCCGCAUCUCGAGUAUCUGUUUAUAGAGAGUAACAGGAUAGAGACUGUAUCCAAAUAUGCCUUCAGAGGACUCAGGGACCUGACUCACUUGUCUUUGGCAAACAACUACAUCAAGGCUCUGCCUCGGGACCUCUUCAGCGGCCUGGACUCUCUCAUAGAGCUGGACCUCCGAGGCAACGCCUUUGAGUGCGACUGCCGAGCCAAGUGGCUGAUGUCGUGGCUGAGGAACACCAACGCCACGGCGUCUGAUGUCGCGUGCGCCGGACCGGAGGAUGUGAAGGACAAGCGUCUCAACGAUAUGAUCAUGCAAAAUGAGUGUAUCUCAACGGAUUUUGUCCUUCAUCAGACGGUGACUUCAGAGUCCCUCUCUGUCGACACGUUCAGCUACAAGAACGACGUCUAUGUGGCCAUCGCGGCUCCUAGCACAGAGAGCUGCAUGAUCCUCCAGUGGGACCACAUAGAGAUGAACUUCAGGACUUACGACAACAUCACAGGGCAGUCCAUCGUGGGCUGCAAGUCGGUGGUCAUCAAGGAGCAGGUGUUCGUCAUCGUGGCUCAGCUCUUCGGUGGUUCGCACAUCUAUAAGUUCGACGAGGACCAAAGCACGUUCACCAAGUUCCAGGACAUCGAGGUGUCCAAGGUCUCCAAGCCCAACGACAUUGAGACCUUCCAGAUUGGCGCCGACCGUUUCUUCAUGAUCGCCGACAGCUCCAAAGCGGGCCUGUCCACGCUGUACAAAUGGAACGACAGCGGGUUUUACUCCUACCAGUCCCUUCACGAGUGGUACCGCGACACAGAUGCAGAGUUCUUGGACCUGGACGGGAAAGCCCACCUGGUGUUGGCGAGCCGCUCUCAGGUGCCCGUAAUCUACCAGUGGAGCCGCAGCAACCAGAAGUUCGUCCUCCAGGGCGAGAUCCCCAACACAGAGGACGUUGUCGCCGUCAAGCACUUCCGCAUCCAGGAGGAGCUCUACCUGGCCAUGACACGUUAUAUCGGCGACUCCAAAGUGGUGCACUGGGGCGCCAAGCAGUUCUCGGAGAUCCAGGCGUUGCCGUCGCGGGGCGCCAUGAUCCUCCAGCCGUUCUCCUUCAAAGAUCGCCACUACCUGGCCCUGGGGAGCGACUACACCUUCUCCCAGAUUCUCCUGUGGGACGGCGAGCAGAAAGAAUUUGAGCGCUUCAAGGAGGCGUACAUCCAAGCGCCGCGCUCUUUCACUGCCGUGUCCACCGACCGCCGGGACUUCCUGUUCACGUCCAGCUUCAAGGGGAACACACAGAUCCUGGAGCACGUCAUCGUCGACUUGAGUUUAUGAGCGAAAUUCAUAUCCUACAAUCCCACGUCUUCCAUAUUUAAAAAAAAAAAAAAAAAAAACUUGUUCGGAAUGUAAAAUCCUCGAUGAUUCUUUUUCUUACUUGUCUUUCCGACGAGAGGCCACUAUUGUAUUGUCAUACUUAAGAAACUGGAAACUCUUUCCCUGGUAUGUUGCCUUAUCUGCUUGAUGGUCCGACGGGCUCACGGUGCCCUUUUGCGGUGAUGACCAAGUGUCCCACCUCUUUUUUGCUUAUUGUGUGCAGGGAAUGUCUUAAAAGCACAAACCUUUAAUCGUCAUAGUUGGACUUCCUUAGCGUGUAGUUUAUAAUGUGUACAGUCAGCAAAAAUAAAUACAUGCAGGCUGUAAGGAUGUUAGCUAUUCAGGGGUUAUAUGGAUGAAAAUGAUCAGCGUUUACGGUGUGCACCAAUUUAGAUCCUUUUUUUAACGCAUGACAUCAUGAUGCCAGGUCAAAUGUAAUCCAAAAAUAGUGCCAUUUUAGUCCUUUAGUACAGGAUAUCAUUUUCAUAAAGCUGCAGGCAACUGCGGAAGGAAGUGAAUGUCUGUGUAAAUACCGCAUUUUUUUUUUUUUUAGUAAUUCUGCCAAAUGCAAAGCAUGAAAUGAAAAGAAAUGAAGGAUUUAAGUGAACAAAGUGAAUGAAAAUAAAAGUGUCAUGGCAUAUGCAAGCGUGCAACACGCAGAAUGUGUAAUUCUACUGAAUGUAAAUGUUGAACGUUGAAAUAAAUGUGUACAGAUGCUAACUGA